AUGGGGAUUCUGGGGGAUUGUCCCAUCCUCGGCGCCAGACUCGACUACACCGGCCUCGACCACACCGGCCAUGGCCAUCCCGGUCUCGACUACCCCUGCCCACUGCCCCUCUGGCUCCUUUCUGAAACGUACGACAAGGCUGGUCAGCCGGUCAGCCGGCCCUUCUACCCGACCUACGUGAGUCGCAACGCCAGCAACCUGACAGAGGGGUGCGAGCUGCUUCUGGGCCGCGUCGCGCUGAGCAACUGCAGCCAGGUGCUCGCCAACCUCAUUAACACUGAGGUCUGGUCGGGCCUGAGUGACGCCGCCGAGGAGGGCGUCUGGCGUGACCCAGAGGGCGCGGCGACCGUGCCGACGCCGACGGAGGCUCAAGGCUCCAGCGGCUGGUUGGACGGAGAGCCGGACGGCGGCGCGGCGGAGAACUGCGCGGCUCUCCAAUGGCACGGCGCCCGCGACGAGGACUGCAGCCUGGCCAAGCC